AUGGGAGAGUUCCUGAGCUCCUUUCAUUCUAUCUUCGGUCAAUUUGCUGGUGACAUGAUUAUCAAGGACUCACUGCAAUAUAGUGCAUGCUACACCGAAAUGGAGAGCAAGAAUAUUAAAUUCCCUGCAGAAGCGCAUCUGUUCCCCAGCUACUUUCGUCUGAAAGUUGGCGUGGCCGAAGCCUACUCCUUUAUGUUAUUCCCAACCGCACAAUUCUCCGAAGCCGAAUGCCUCCGAUACUGCCUACUGCGGAUACUAUGUUUGACAUCGGGUUUCAGCUGGAUAAAUGACAUCAUGUCAUUUUACAAAGAAAUGGCUGAGAUGGGCAACUGUAAUUUCGUCACGAACUCGGCCGGAUGUACAGGGCUGACUGAGAUUGAGUUUCUGAGGAAGCUCUGUGAUGAUACAAGCGACGUGAUUCGGACUUUGCAUACGUUUGGGAAGGCCCACCCCGUGCUAUCGAAGGUUCUUGAGGCUUUUGUUUUUGGCUAUUUUGGGUAUCAUCUGACGCAGACGCGGUAUAGAAUGGAGGAUUUAGAUCUGACAUUCGUUUCUGAUGCCAGAGAACGGCUCAAAGUUUCGACUGCGAGCGGAGAAUAA